UCGACCAGGAAGUAGGUAAACAACCGAUCAGGGGUAGAAAAAUAUGGAUUAACCCCUUCAAUCCGCGUUUACCGAUCAAGAAAAACCCAGAUUGAGUGGUCGUUAGUGCUCGAGGAGGGGUUUCGUGGACAGGGGGGUUUAAUUAACGCGCGAGAUGGCUGGAGAAUGACAGGGGUUUGACACAUGACCGUGUUUCUUCUCGGAGCCUGAUGCCCACUCUUGCCACAUCUGUUGUCAUGGACACGGAGGACUAUCUGCACCCUGAGGGCCCUCAGCUGGGGAGCCCAAAGUUCAGCGCUCCCAGUCCUCCUCUCACAAGUUCCAUGGAGAGUCAGCUGUAUCCGUCAAACUCAUGGACGUACCCACAGCAAACUCAAUACAACCAGCACUAUCCUAUGCAAUCUGGGAGGCAGCUCCAGCCAAACCCGUCCUCGGUGACUCUGGACCUGCCUGACAUAGAUUUUCAUGACCUUGUGCGGAACGGAGAUUUCUCGCAGGAUCUGCCAUGCAUAGAUGAGCUGUCCAACCAAUCGCUGUUCUCCUCACCAUCUGAUUCUCUGUCGGAGUAUCCAGACCCUUCAGGAUUUGCCGUCGAUGGCCUGGCACAGUUAUCCACCGAGGGCCCUGCGGCUCCCAUGUACUGGGAUAUACCUGGACACAGUCAGAUACAGCAGAACCUGAGCGCGUUUCCUGGUAGGUUGGAUGAUUUUAGCGCUCUCCUGUCUGCAUCAGUCACAGGAUUUAAGGCUGCUGCUGCUCCUCCGCCGCCGCCGCCACUGGAGGAAGAGGAGGAGGCAGAUGAGGAAGAGACGGAGGAGUUGGGGCACGCGGACACAUACGCCGAAUACAAGCCAUCCAAAUCUACUAUAGGAAUCUCUCAUCCUGAUAUCGUGGUGGAGACCAACACACUGUCCAGCGUUCCUCCUCCUGACAUCACCUACACACUGUCCAUUCCAGACUGCAGCAUUAACUCCGGCCUGCUGUCUGCCCUGCAGCUGGAGGCCAUCAUCUACGCCUGCCAGCAACACGAGGUGAUUCUUCAGAACGGUCAGCGGGCGGGGUUUCUGAUCGGAGACGGAGCCGGCGUCGGGAAGGGCCGCACUGUGGCCGGAAUCAUACUGGAGAAUUUCUUAAAGGGACGGAAGAGAGCGCUGUGGUUCAGUGUGUCAAAUGACCUGAAGUACGAUGCUGAGAGAGAUCUCAAAGACAUAAAUGCUCCCAACAUCCCUGUGUUUGCUUUAAAUAAGAUUAAAUAUGGAGAUACGGCUACCUCAGAGGGCGUUUUAUUCGCCACAUACUCAGCGCUGAUUGGAGAGAGCCAGGCCGGCGGGCAGCACCGCACCAGACUCAAACAGAUCCUGGACUGGUGCAAACCCAACUUUGACGGAGUCAUUGUGUUUGAUGAGUGCCAUAAGGCUAAAAAUGCGACCUCCACUAAGAUGGGUAAAGCAGUCCUGGACUUGCAGAGCAAACUGCCCCGGGCGAGAGUGGUGUAUGCUAGUGCCACAGGUGCUUCUGAGCCAAAGAAUAUGAUAUACAUGAGCCGACUGGGGAUCUGGGGGCAAGGAACGCCGUUCAAGGCGUUUGACGACUUCCUGCAUGCAAUUGAGAAGAGGGGUGUUGGCGCCAUGGAGAUUGUUGCAAUGGAUAUGAAAGUGAGUGGCAUGUACAUCGCACGGCAGCUGAGCUUUUCCGGCGUGUCCUUCCGCAUAGAGGAGAUUACACUGGACGAAGAGUUCAAACUGGUCUACAACAAAGCAGCUAGACUGUGGGCCGAGGCUCUCGAUCUGUUCACCAGAGCUGCGGAUACGUUGGGUCUGGCCUCCCGUAAGUCUCUGUGGGGUCAGUUCUGGUCGUCACACCAGAGGUUUUUUAAGUACCUGUGCAUUGCCGCUAAAGUCCGUCGUCUGGUUGAACUCGCUCAUACUGAGAUGCAGCACGGCAAGUGCAUCGUGAUUGGCCUGCAGUCCACUGGAGAGGCUCGUACUCGAGAGGUCCUGGACGAGAACGACGGACACCUGGACCGAUUCGUCUCCGCUGCUGAGGGUGUUUUCCAGUCAUUAGUUCAGAAACACUUCCCAACACAGAAACCCAAAAGAGAGAAAAGCGCCGCAAGCAAGAGGAAACGAAAACCCUUAUCCAGAGGCCGGGCUUCAAAAUUUCCAAAGCACUGUGUGGAAGUGGGCGGAGUUAUUAAAAUCAGCGACGACUCCGACUCUGACUCGGAUGAGAUUGACAGCGACUCUAACUCCUCCCCUGAUUCACUACAGGACAAUGAUGAUGUGAUUUUCGUGAACCACAUCAAUGGACCUGCUGCUAAACUACAAGAACUCAAGCUGAGGCUGCUGGGUAAAAUAGCAGAGCUGGGGAAGGAGCUGCCGCUCAACACUCUUGACGAGCUGAUUGACAGGUUUGGAGGACCAGAGAAGGUGUCCGAGAUGACGGGCCGUAAGGGACGUGUAGUGCGGCGUCCAGAUGGCAGCGUUCGAUAUGAGACCAGAGCAGAACAAGGCCUGACCAUCGAUCACGUCAACGUCAAAGAGAAAGAGCGCUUCAUGACCGGAGAGAAGCUGAUAGCCAUCAUCUCUGAAGCGGCUAGUUCGGGCAUCUCUCUACAGGCGGAUAAACGCGUGCAGAACCGCAGAAGACGAGUUCACAUGACCUUAGAGCUGCCGUGGAGCGCCGACCGCGCCAUCCAGCAGUUCGGUCGAACGCAUCGCUCAAAUCAGGUUACGGCUCCAGAGUAUAUCUUCCUCAUCUCUGAGCUGGCUGGAGAGAGACGCUUCGCUUCUAUCGUUGCCAAGAGAUUGGAGAGCCUGGGGGCGCUAACACACGGGGACCGACGAGCCACUGAAUCCAGAGACCUGAGCCAGUACAACUUUGAGAACAAAUACGGCACCAAAGCGUUGGAUAAGAUCACUAAAGCCAUCCUCGGGCACAUCGACAACAAAGUCCCUCCACCGAAGGGCUACCCAGGAGGAGACAUCAUGUUCUUCAGAGAUAUAAAGAAAGGCAUGAUUGAUGUGGGAAUCUUCUGUAAGCAGCCACGUCUGGGUCUGAAUACAGAGAAAGACUGCACCAUCAAUAAGUUUCUGAACCGUAUUUUGGGUUUGGAGGUCCAUCAGCAGAACUCUCUGUUCCAGUACUUCACCAAUAACUUCGACUACCUGAUCAACAAGGACAAAAAAGAGGGAAAAUAUGACAUGGGAAUAUUGGAUCUUGCUCCUGGUAAUGAUGAGAUUCAUGAGGAAACGCAGGAGAAGUUUUUAACUCCAGGAAACCCUCAGGAGGGUCAGGUCAUCCUCUAUAAGAUCAGUGUGGAUCGUGGGAUGCCCUGGGAAGAGGCCUGCAGUAAAGCUGAGAAACUCACUGGGGACUAUGAAGGCUUUUACCUCUCAAACAAGCUGCGUGGGAGUCAGCCGUGUGUCCUGCUUGCCGAACAGGGUCGGGGUCGCAAUCUCAUUCUGUAUAAACCCAACAUCGGUAAACAGGCUCAUCCUGAGAACCUGGACAACCUGCUCCUGAGAUACUAUAAGGUGACACCCGAUGAAGCAAAGGAUUUCUGGAAGAGUCAGUUUGACUUUUCUUUCACCAACUGCACGCAUGCCAACUGGAAGGGUAAGUGUAAGCUGAUCGAGGAGGGCCAGGAGUGUUUUCUGGGGAUGCGUCUCAGGCAGUAUCACAUGCUGUGCGGAGCGCUGCUGAGGGUCUGGAAACGAGUGUCUGACAUCGUCUCGGACAUCACCAACUCCAGCAUCCUGCAGAUCGUACGGCUCAAAACCAAACAGAACAGCAAGCAAGUUGGUAUAAAAAUCCCAGAGAACUGCGUAUCCCGUGUGCGCGCUGAGCUCUCUCGGAUGGACGAGGAGGUGAAGAAAGCGCGACGGGAGAGAGAGCAGUUAGCAAAUGACCAGCGUCUGCGCCAAGAGAUGCUGGCCAAGAUGAUCAACGCCCGCAAGCUCAUCGCAAACCCUCCCCACUCACUUCAGAACAACCUUCACUACCAACGAUCCCUUCUGCUGCCUGCGGCGAAGCCAAAGAGCGAAGCCGUCAGCGAAGUUCUGGAUCUAACCAUCAGCCCCUGCCCAUCGCCAAACAUCAAAAUGCCCAUGCCAGACCUUAACGGCGUGUCGCUAAACGGAGGCAUGCUAGGCGGAAGAGGACGCCCAAGCGCGGCUGUCCCCGAGACGUUCGACCUGGAAAAUCUGAUUUCCGAGGAGCAGCAGAAAAACAGGCAGGUGGCGUUACCUCCGAACAUGCGCAUUUCGUCGUCGCAUGCCCCUUUGAACGUUUCGCAACAGCACGUUCACACACUAAAGCAGAAUCAUUCGUCGUUUGGGGUGCUAACGCAGCAGCAGCAACAACAACAGAGCAGCUCGCGCGCGAAUGUGUCACAGAUGCACCGAGGCCAAGACACGUCGCUCAUGCUGCAGCUUUUCAUGCAAAUGCAACAGCAAACCGGCGCGUCGGUGCAAUCCUCGCAUAUUGCGCUGCACCCAAACAGUCAACGCAUGAUGCACACUUCGAAUGCACACUUGCUGUCGAAACAACACGCAAGCGAACAUGCGCGGUCGCAACCUCUUCGGCCGCAAUCCUUGCAGUCGCAAUCCAUGCUGUCGCAACCCCAAGCCAUGCAAUCGUAUGCCACUCAGCCUACUACAGAAAGAACGAACGAUGAGUUUGAUUUAGACGACUUGGACUUCGGUUACCCCUCCCCCGAUUCGCAACUUCAGUACCCGUUCACCUCACAAGCCCUGCCAUCCUCGACUCCGCCCCCUGCUCCUUACUCCUCCUCCUUAUUUGCAUUAGCGCCUACAAACUCCUCCCUCUCGGACUCUAGCUCCUCCUCCUCACACUUCACGCCGUCAUCCUCUUCCUCCGAACAGACGCAUCUGUUACCAAACGGCCACAGCAGUAUGGAUGCCCUGGAGACGCUGGAUCACCGUCAGUCCGUCAUCCAGUUCAAAUCAAUAGACUGGGAUGCCACCUAGAGGCUCAAACACGCACAGUCAAACGUUUUUUGAGUUCUUUCCCAAGUCAUUCUCAGUCCAUAAGCUAAGAGUUGCGUUCGGUUCGUUGACGAUCAAUGAAGACGAUUUUAAAAGUACAUAGGCACUUGAAAUCAAUUUGGUUUUUGUUUGCCUUAUUUGAAGCAAUAGGGCUUUUCCACCCACCAUUUCAUCACAGCAGACUUUGAGGUAAAAGAGAUGUUAUUUAUUAAGAUAUUGGUGUAUACUGUUUCCUGUCCUAGGGAGUUUAUCUUUUCGAAUGAAUGCCUUCUGUUAAAUCAGUGCCUUUAUCUCCUUCAGAUGCAGUCUUGUGUGCGUAUAUAUAUAUAUAUAUAUAUAUAUAUUUCUAGACAGAGUAGUACUAUAUUAUUUAUUUCCUCCGGUGUCGGUCUUCUCUACCUGGACCCGAUCGCAUGAUUCUGAAACUGCUGUUUGACCCCAUAACCCUGUGAAUUUCUCAUAUUCUUUCUACAUUUCAAUAACCCGAACACAGGGACAGAUUCGUUCACGAUAUAGCGAUGGUGCCGCUCAAGAGCAGAUCGCUUUCUGCAGAAUACUUUCUCAGGUAUCGUAUAGACUCAUCACUGUCCAAACGAAAGAUUAUUUUAUAAAAUAUAAUAGGUCGCGGAUGGAUCGUCGUGAGCUUUGGGAAUCGAGAACCAAAUUAUUUAUUAGCAGACUUAGUUGUGAACGAGCGCUGAACCACUGGACCUCACGUCGAGACGUCUUUCUAUCGUGCGAGAAUGAGACUUAGCAAUAAAAACCAAACAAAUAUUCUAAAAAUCAAAUACUGCCCCACGAACAACUCGCGAUUCUCUUUAUAUCUGUUCAGAAGUGAUAUUUUUGAAUUGUGUUGGAAGAAUAUUAUAUUUGUUAAAAGAACGAAACGGAUUCGUUUGUUUGUUUGUUUGUAUGUAUGAGGUCAAUGUUUUUUUCCUUUUGGUCUUGUAUGCUCGUGUAGUUGGAAUGGAAGCAAAUGUAUUGGCGUCUUUGCUAUUGCUGUUCGUAUUAUUAUUAUUGUUAUUAAUACUAUUAUUAUUAUUGUUGCUAUUUAUAUCCAAGGGACAUUAUUAGUAGAGGUAGACUUUGUUGUAAUCACAUGUAGAAGUUGAAACACUUUUCUGAUGUCUUGUCAGGGUUUUAUUUGAUUUCUCCUGCUCCCAAAACACAGAAUCAAAGCCUGCAACCUGCCACCAAAUCGUGCUGCACUGCCCUGCGCUGCUGUCUGGCAUCUGCGUGUUACUUAUUCCUUCACUCGAAAUUUCAGUUUUCUGUUAAGGGUCGGGCGUCUAGAUUCCCAUCGCACCAAAGUUUUCUGUGCAGUUUCUGCAGGCUCCGUACGGUCGUGCUUAAUCUCAGGAAAAGUCGAGGGAAAGAAUGCGCCGUCGCAGAUAAAGACGCGUGAUACUGACUACUGUAUUCUACACGCCUGGCUGCCGUAUUCUAGACUUGAAGUAUAUGAGAGAAAAUGCGAAUUUAGGAAUAUUGCUCGAGUAUUACUACAUGUUCUCUGCUUUUGAUAUGAUUUUUUUGGGAUAAUUUUUAUGCAAGCAGUUUCAAACUGGAUUGGUAAUGAACAAAAAAAAAUCCAGUUCCCAUGAGGCUGUGAUUGGCUCCAGUUACAGUUUAACCCUUGUGCACUGUUUGGGGUCUUUUUGACUCCAGAUGACAUUUGCUGAAAUAAAUAAAAAAGUUCCCUUUAUCUAUAUGGCAUGAGACUUUGCUCGGUUGUCAACACUUGGUAGCUCUACAAAUAAAAAAUUAAAUUGGAUUGAUAUAUGGUUGUAUGUUAGUGUGAAAAAAAAAAAAAAAAAAGUCACGCUUAUCAUGUUUGGGGUCUCUGGAGAACACAUUGAAAUGGAUGGGGAAACAAUAAAACGAGUUUCUUUUUAAUUUGUCAGAUAAAAUCAAUAAAUCCACCACAAUGCAGACCACACGUUCACAAUGCAGAACGAUUACGCUCACACUCACAUACACCCCCUCAAAAAUAACCCAUAGACAUCAAUAGGAGACUAAAAAUAUAUUGAUUUUUGUUUUUGUUUUUUUUGGUUGUCAGAAAUGUCAGUUACAAUGCAGACAACACACAAAAACUGAAGGGGUGACACCACAGCACGUCUACGAUGGAGGAAAAACACACACGACCCCCACCUCAUCCCCCAACACCCCCAAACCUAUAAAACCCACUCAUAAGAAAUGAAAAACUGACUUGACGCAAGUGGCUCUUUCUUACAUAAUUUGUCGAAUAAAAAUCAGCUGCAACGAAGAACACACACAGAAAUGAUGGAAGGACACCACAGCACAUCCACGAUGGAGAAUAAAUGCAAACAUAUAACACCACAUACAGGUUUGACUUGUGUGUCAUAAUUGCAAAAAAUAUUUCAGUACAAAAAAAUACUAAACUUUGACAAAGAUUACUUUUAUAUUAUUACAAUAAUGAUUUUAUAAUCUCUUAACAUAAAUCUAAAUAAAAAAUGUGUGAAAAUGUUAGAUGUAUACCUAUGUGGAAAUGGCAAAUGAGCCAUUGAGUAAUGCUCUAUAGAGCCAUCUGCAUGGUGGUUGUAGUAGUUAAAAUUUCAUGUUUUUUAAUUUUAAAAUUUGUUUAUUUUCAAAUAGAUGGAAACAAAUUGUCGUUAAACUAUGGCACAUUGUCCAUGUUUUCCCCAUGAAUUAAAAUUAGGAAUGUGGGUCUUUUAUAAAGUGAAUUUUACAUAAAAAAGCUGUGUUUGUAUAAAUGUAAUUUAUUUAUAUAAAUUUAAAAAAUAUCAUGACUCCUCUAAAAACUGCACAAAUGUGGAGUAAAAACAUUAAUAAACUUAGUAAAAUUACAUUUUGAUGCCUGGGGUCUCUGGAGACCCCAAACAGCAUGAGUGUCACCCCCAAACGAACAGUGCACAAGGGUUAAGCAUUUUUUUGUGUGUGUGUGUAGAAACCUUUCAAAUGUGUUCUACCUGCUCCUUUUGUCCUGACAACUUGCCAGAAUUUACAGAAAGUACAAAGAAAUCACGAAUGAACACUUUAAUAAUAAAAAAGCAAAACAUUUAUUAAAACUGCUACUGAUUGUAUGUGGUGUUGUUGCUGUUGUUGAUAUUAUUAUUGUUAUAUUAUUAAUGUUUCCGGUUAGAAUUCUGUUCAGCACUUUUACUUUGGGCUUCUUUGUUUUAUCCCAAUAUUUAUGAGUUUAGAUGGAACUGUAAAUAGUGUAAACAAAAUGUGCCUUUUGACUCAUUCUGAACAUUUUCUACAUUUAACAGAAGGAAUAUAUUGUACUGCAAUAUAAUUUUUAACAAACAAUAAAAUUUUAAGACGUUGUUCAAAAUGCUCAAGAUGAAUUUGUUCUGACACGGUUUAACUCUUGAUUUCUUGUCAUAUUUUUUCAUACCUUUUUCUAAACUAUAACAAAUAAACUGUGAUAAUGUGAGACAUGUAGAAGGUAUCUGAAUACAUUUUGGUUUGACUGUA